GUCGUGGCGCGCGCUGCUGCAGUUUGCGAUGAUGAGACCUCCUGGAGGAGCCUGGUGGAACUCGCGUCACCAUGGAAGCGCUCCGUUUGCGACUUGUAUUCGCCAUUUUGCUGCCUCGGUGUAUGCGUGUGUAUGUGUGGAGCUGUGCGUGUGUGGGCUCCUCUCGCCGUGAAUGCCUCCGUAGCUCCCAAACAUUCAACACUCCGGACAGCAGCUAAACAACCAGAGAAACUGCCUCCGCUCCUAGCGCCGUCGCUACCGCAGCAUGACACGGGGACGAUGCAGCGCCAGAUAGUGUAGUGUCGCCCGAGGAUCGGCGGAAAUGCAAGCUUGACACACGAGAGCGUUUUCUCACCACCAGCCAGUCAGGAUGAAAGCACCAAGUACAGAAGAGGAAUAUUAUUGUCCUCGGAGGAUCGCGUUUGCUUCUCUGGAUUCUCAGAUUUGAUUGAUCCACACGAUCAUCAAUAAUGAUACCCGGAUUGAUCUCCCAGGAGUUACACAAGCAGCUUCUGGACCUGAAGAAUUACCAAAAUCGCACGUAUGGGGUGGAACAGCUCAAACACAUUCUCUCAGAAGUGGAUAUUAGGACGAUCCCGUCUGAUAGUAUUGAGGAUUUCAUCAGUUUUCUCCCUCGACUUCUGGAUGACAGUAAUUUUAAAGUGUUGUAUGGCACCUUGCAAGUUUUAAACUUACUCAUUCAGAAGCUAGAUUCAAGUGUAAACAAAUAUAUUAAACAGUUAGUGCUAGUGGCUGUCAAGGCCCUAGGGGACGCCCGCACCGUCACCAGGAAUGAAUAUAUGAAUGUGUUUCGACAGCUGAUGAAAACUGUAGCACCCCAGCAAGUAUUCGAUCUUGUAAUUGGUCAUUUAAAACACAAGAAUUCAAGAGUUCGGGAAGAUGUCCUUAACAUCAUCAUGGCAGCUAUGCUAACUCAUCCUAGGAAAGAUUUCAACAUCCCCAAGCUUUGUUAUGAGGUUGCACCAUAUCUGGCGGACAGUAAAAGGAAAGUUCGUCAUGCUGCCCUUGAGCUCUUUGCCAUUUUUGACUAUUGCCUUGAAACGAAGAAGCAGCCUCUGAUGAAAGCCGUGGACAUGGUGGAGCUUAACGAGGAUGCAGAGGGGCUCAUGGCCGCUGUACAGGCGAGAAGGGCGAGACACGUCCUUCCAAAACUGUCCUCGGACGGCAUAGUGGAGUAUGGCUUAGUGGUUCCCAAACCAGGACAGCGGUGUUCACAGCAGUAUGCUUCUGGAGCUGAUCUGGACUGGGUGAUGAACGGAGGGCGGGCGAGCAGCGCCAGGAGCCACAGAACUGAGCCAGACUGUGACCAAUUAUAUGGCUAUGGAAGCCUGGGCUCCCUCACUGAUGAUCUGCCACUUCAAAGGAGGAUUGUCAGUGCUGGUAAAGGCAAGAACAAACUCCCCUGGGAGACGUCUAGUUUCUCCCCCACUGAGAAUGACCAGCAAUGCCAUGCUCCUAAUGGAAAGUCCUCUAAAGAGAUGACCUGUGAAGAUUCCUUUACUCCGUCCAGGAAGCUAAGCCCUGAGGCCUACAUACCCAGUUUUAGUUCUGGAGAGCCACAGAAACCACAGUCGUGUAGAAGGAGAGAGUCCCCCGCACGCCUCAGGAGAAGUGGAAGCCUCAACUUAGACCCUGAUAUUUUUAAAACCUCCAUCUUCUCUGAUACAGAUGUUGUGGCACCAAAAGGACGCAUGCUCUCAAGAAAUCCCAGCGUUGAGCGCACAUUUUCCCUUCCCUCUAACCACUCCACAUCUGGCUCCUUCCUUCUACCCUCUUACCCAUUGGCUACACUCCCUGGAGGCGUGCUUACUCCGAAAUUGUCUCGCCGCAACGGAGACCCCUCUCUCUCAAUGUCUAACACCUGGCCCAAUAAGAAAGAGAACAGUCCUCGUCAGCGAGAUACAAGCCCCUGGAGAGACACGGAAUCAAAGGAAGACCAUGUCUCUAGCAAAAGCUCUCCCAGGCCUCCUCGCGCCUCCCUCGUGAGUUCUGCUUCGACUUCUUCAUUCCGACGGGCCCUCAGCAGUACCAGGGCAACCUUCUCCAUAUCCCCAGUUGUCCCAUCAGCAGAUCAGGAACCCUGUACAGCUCAGUCUCAGUCCAGUGCUUUACACAGGACCCAGAGCCCGCAUCUAGAAAAGAGUCUCCUUUUGGAUCCUGAUGGUUUUAAUGUUGCACAUGAUGCCCAGGAAGAAGAUGUUCUGGACAUGGAGGAGAUGUUGAGCUCUCUGCGCUCAUUGCGUCACAGUGCGGCCAAGAAGAGGGCCAAACUAAACUUCAGUAGUCCAGAUCCAGACAGCCCUGACUCGGCUGUGAGAUUAGACCUGGGUCUGGACUCACCAUCAUACGCCUCACCAAUGCUUACCAGCUCAGCCAGUGAGAGUGGUCUUUCCAGUCUGAGCUCCGUUGCCAAUUCCAGUGUUAAUGGCAUCAAGACCAGUCCUAGAAACACUGCAUCUUCAGGAAUAAAACCUCGAGUUGCAAGAGUGCCUUCUGCAAAACUAAGGUCUUCUGUGUCCAUGGACUUCAGCAAAUUGCAAGGAUCUUCUCAGAGAAGUGAAGCAUCGUCUGAUGUAGGUGUUGUUGGGCAGAGAGUCACUUACUCCAAUGGGGGAAUCAGGAAUCAGGAUGAGACGACUGGACUGUCUACCUUGGUCAAAACAUCCGUCAGAGAUCUGAAGCUUGCCAAAGGAUCCCAGUCCCACAGCAGGAACUCACCAGGCAUAGACAUGCCUGAAGGAGUCAUUGGACGAGGCAUGUUUGGCACUACAGUGUCCUCCUGCCAUCCGGGAGUCGCCCUGUCAUUUGAGCAGGGUGAUACAUUUGCCAAACCUCCCACUGAUCCUUCAACAGGCAUCCACAGCCUUUCUCUUUGUGGCAGACCUCUAGACAGCGAUGAUAGCCCACAUUCAGAUGAGCCUAAGGAAAGGGUGAGGAAUACAAGAUUUGGACGGGAUAAGAUGCAGCCACAGCAUCUGGACCUGCAAGAGGGGCACGCUGUCCAAGGAGAUUAUGAACGAGACAAGAUUCGUCACCGUGUCAAGCAAAUGCUCUCUGAUUCACCGACAGAGGAGAACCGAGUCCUAAUCAUCAAAGACUUGCAACUGAAUGGCACUACACUGACAUCUAGUAAAGUCGAAUUUCCCUCUGAUGAGUCCCCAAUCAGUCCCACCAGUCCACCAGGGCUGCAAAGCCCCAGCAAGGGCUUCACUCCGCCCCACCAGCCAAGUCCCCCCACUGUACCACCCAACCCCAAAACCGUAUCCCGUUUAAGGAGGGCCCCAAGCCUUAACAGAACCCAGGCUUCACUGUCCCACAGCUCAGAUGAGCUGUCACCUUCUACUGUGGGUCACAAAAAAAGUCUUGCAGAGCCCCAAGAGCUGUGCCCGUUUUCCAAGCCUGGCCAGGCUCUGACACAGAGUUUCAACCUGCUGAAUUCAGAGGACUGGGAGAAAAAGAUCGAGGGUCUGACGUUCCUGCAAAGUCUGGCACACUACCACUCAGAUGUGCUUCAGGACAAACUUCAUGAAGUCUGCUUGUGUGUUAUUCAAGAGGUAAAGAAUCUUCGGUCGUCUGUGUCCAGAGUCGCAGUGUGUACUCUGGGUGACCUGUACACCCACAUGGAGAAGGCGAUGGACCAGGAGCUGGAGGGAACAGUUAAAGUUUUGCUGCAAAAGGCCGGGGAGAGCAAUGCCUUCAUUAGGCAAGAUGUGGAUGCAGCGCUGGACUGCAUGGUACAACACUGCACCCCCAUUCGGAGCAUUAACGCUUUACUCACCGGAGGCCUCGGCCACCUCAAUGCAGUAGUGAGAAAAUGCACGGCCCAGCAUCUGGCCAAUCUGGUAGAGAGAGUUGGUGCAGCACGUCUUCUGUCUGGAGGUAAAGACCUCACCGACAGAAUCCUUCCCGCUGUCACCAAACUCUCUCAGGACUCCUCACAGGAAGUCAGGUAUUUCGGACGUCGAAUGCUGCUGUCCUUGUCAUCGCACCCUGAUUUUGACAAAAUCCUAGAGAAAUAUCUUCCGGCCAAAGACCUGCCAACUGUCAGAGACACCGUCUUCACUCUCAAGACGAAGGGUCUCAGUGAGGUGCCCCAAGACACUCAGUCAGCCAGGGGUAGACGCUCUGUCCCGGGCAACGGGACAGUCAGAGCCUCAUCACUCACCAGGGAGCCUCUCAACCAGACCAACAGGGACUCCAGUAGUAAAUACAGCUAUAGGUCUCAGACACAGAGCAUUGCGGACAAGACUGAGUACAUCAAACAGAUCUCAGGUCUGCUGGGUUCAAAGGACUUCAGAGAGAGAAUAAAGGGAAUAGAUCAGUUAGUGGAUGACUGCCAACACACCCCCAACAUGGUCAUCAGUAGUAUAUUUCCUGUUUUCGAUGCCUUCAAGGCCAGACUGCAGGAGUCCAACAGCAAAGUCAACCUGUAUGCUCUGGAGUCGCUACAGAAAAUCAGCCAUCUGUUGAAGGACAACCUGUCCCAAGUGGUCAACAUCCUGGUCCCCGGAAUCGUGGACAAUCACCUGAACUCCAAGAACAACGCCAUUUACUCUGCUGCUAUAGGAGCUAUAGAUGCACUUAUUUUAAAUCUGGAUAACAUUCUUCUUCUUCAGCCUUUCUGUACCAAGGCUCAGUUUUUAAGUGGCAAAGCAAAGGUGGACCUUAUUGAAAAAGUUGCAGAUCUAGUAAAAGAGCUGUAUCCUCGCAAGCCACAAGUGGUAGAGCAGAAAGUCCUGCCUUUGCUGUGGCACCUCCUGGGCACCUCCACCCACAGCGGCACCAUCCACGGCCGGGGCGGCAGCAUGAGGGGUGCUACCGUCAACCUGUGCCAAGCCCUAUAUGCCCAGAUGGGGCCCAGCCUCAGCGAGUGCGCCGCCUCCCAGCCUGCCAAUAUCCACAAAGGUUUAAAUGAGAUCCUGAGGACCUUAACCUAAAGCCGAAUUCAAAACAACCAAAUGAUGGAAGAACAUUAACACUGGCCUUACUUGAAGACAGAGAUGUUCAACAUUUCUUAUAGUGCCUGCACUUUUAUAUCAAUAAACAGAACUUCCUUAAAAGUUAGGAGCUCUAAUUCUUAUCUCAGUGAGAUUUCCUCUGGUACAGAAGCACGGACAGUUUAACAUACUGACAUCAGGUCUUAUACACUCCCAACCUGCUCUCUUUGCACUUUGAAAAGGUAGCUUAUUAUCAUUCUAGGCAUCUCAAGUCUUUCACGUUACCACACUAUGAUUGUCAUUGCUUUUUCCAUACUCUAAACUUGUACUGUAGACAAAUCAAAGACGCUAACGCAGAAUGUAAAAUGCACAAAAAAAUGAGGAAGAUGACAGGGACCUGAAAGGUGUAUAUUUUUGCUGUUUAAUCAGAUGUGAUGUGAUAUUUUUAAAAUGUCUUAAAUUGUUGUUUUGAAGAUUUGUGAAUUGAGAUUUUAAAAAUAGUACAAAAUAAUUUUGUACAGCUCAGAUGUGUAUUUGCACAGUAUUAGCUUACUCUGUAAUCGUAUGCUGUAUGAGGGUACAGUUGUAACUUAUCUAUCGUGUAAUGGUUUUAAAGUCACGUUAACCAUGUGCUGAGUUGGUACCGUCCUUCUUACUUUUUCUCCUGUUUUGCAUGUUCAAAAUUAACAGGCGUGAUCAAAACGGUUUCUGUUUUUGUGAAUGAGAAAUACAGUAUAUGUGCUGGGACCAAGGUUAGCUUCAGCCUUGUUCACCUGGAUGAGUGACGGAGCAGAAUGAUCAACAGAGUUUCUCUUAAAGGCCCAAAUCUGAUUCUGUGUCAGUAUAGUGCCAGUUUUCACGUAGCCUUUUAACUCGUUUAUUGUUAAAUUAUAUUAAACGUGUUUGUGCACAAGCAAAGACAGAUUGAUAUAUAAAUAAAGUGUUUUAUUUCUGUAAAAACAA